AUGGCUUGGCUCAAGGAGAUAGAAAGGAUUUUUCGAGUGAUGGACUGCAUCCCAGCGCAGAAGGUGCAUAAUGGUGCUCAUAUGCUGGCAGUCGAAGCUGAUGACUGGUGGCUAGAGACUCGUCAAAGGUUGGAGGCUACAAGUGAAGUUAUCACCUGGGUUGUAUUCAAUAGGGAGUUUAUGAGGAAGUACUACCCUGAGGAUGUCCGCGGGAAGAAGGAGAUUGAAUUCCUCGAGCUGAAGCAGGGAAAUUUGUCGGUUAUAGAAUAUGCUGCGAAGUUCGUGGAAUUGUCAAAGUUAUAUCCUCACUAUAACGAGGCAACUGCUGAGUUUUCGAAGUGCAUCAAAUUUGAGAACAGGUUGCGUCCUGAGAUCAAGAAGGCUAAUGAAUAUCAAAAGAUUUGCAAUUUUCCGGAUUUGGUGGAUAGUUGCAGAAUUUAUGAAGAGGACAACAAUGCUCAUUAUAAGAUCAUUAAUGAGAAGAGAGGUAAGCUUCAACACAACCGUGGGAAACCUUAUGAUGCUCCAGCUGGUAAGGGUAAACAGAAAGUUGUUGAUGGUUAG